UAUUGACAACCUAUGUUGAGUCUGGGCUGUCUUAUCUCUCUGAUCAGAAGCAAAGGGGAUAUUCGUUGCACAGGGAAAUAUUCAUGGGUUUGGAGGUCUGAAGCCUCAUAAUAUAACCAUCAUAACCUGCCGGAGAAAAACCGCUAACAGUUUGGUGUCAGAAGGUGGGAUCCACCAAAGCAGUAUCGGGUGCACCAACCCACCCAUUCAAGUCUGGAGACAGAGUCCUGGUAAAGGCCCUACACAAGUUGAAGUCGCUGGACCCACCCUAUGGACCCCCUGUGACAGUCCAGGCCGUGACCAGAACUGCAGUACUGACAGACGACUCCCCUGCUUGGAUUCACGCAUCCAGACUAAAGGAAGCCCCACCAUUGAGCCCUGUGCCCAAGUGACCAGAACCAGACGAGGUUCCAAUUGGAUCAAGCCAUACUGAAGAAGGAAACAUCAGUGUUCUGUACAAUGCCGUUAUACACUCAUACCCCUGGAAGGCCUCACAUCCGUGCAGCAGUAGUACUCUUGGUAGUAGGAACAAUGCUAGUAGCCACUGUUUGGCUUGUAGCAACAUGUGCUCAUUAUCCAGAGGACCUACCCUCAGUUUGCCCCUCAUCACCCCAGGAAGUGAGAGACACAAGAGACAUUCGGGUCUCCACUCUACGAUUAACCCCAAAUCUGUUAGACACAAAGGACAAUAUAUGGGCAUUUAUUGCCACCAAUAUACUAAAUUCUUCGGAUUUUUGCAUCACAGAUCACUACAACUCAUAUGACUUGUUUUCUACCUGCCUCUUAGCUGUUCCCACUCCAGUGAGUGUCCUAAGAAUGUAUUACAGUACAGCAUGGAACGACACAAGUGUGGAGGAUGCUGAUGUAUAUGCACAUCCAAACUUAUACGCGUAUUGUAGCAACAGCUCUUCAUAUUCACUCACAAAACAAAUGGUUGAGGUAGAUACAGGAUAUAUAUCCUCCGCUGAAGUUUGCUAUGAAAUGACCUGCAGUAGAAGUCACAUCCCUAUGUGCACACAACCAAGUCGCCAGCCUACAUACACCACAGAAUACAACGCCACCUGUUUAGGCCUUCGCCAGUGCAAGUCAGUAACCAACAACAUGACCUGUACCCAUACCAUAAUACAACCUAGUUAUGGGAAAAAUGUCCAGCUCCCUAAGGGAUGGUUACUGACAUGUGGGACUCGUAGCUGGACAUAUGUCCCAGGGAAUAUAACGGGGGGGCCAUGUACACUUUCCCGGCUCUCAAUGAUCCUACCCCCAAGAUUGGUUGACCACUCCCGAGUCCCUAGGUCCCUGGGAGAGGCUCUUCCAAGCGACUGCGACUCAGCAGUACAUCUGUUCUCUGAAGCUGAGUAUGUCUCUCUGGCCGUAUCCCUAGUAGGAGUCCCAGGCCUUGCAACAGCAAAUCAUAGACAGCUGAGUAAGAUCGCCUGUGCACUUGCAAAGGGGUUAAACCACACAUCUAGUGCUCUGUAUGAACUAUUGAUAGAUCUCCAGGGCACUAGACAGGCAGUCUUACAAAAUCGGUUGACUAUAGAUUAUCUGUUGCUUAAGCAUAAUAUGGGAUGUGAUUCCUUUGAAGGCAUGUGUUGCUUCAAUCUCAGUGACCAUGCAAAAUCAAUACAAGACCACAUUAAGGCAGUGAGCGAACUGGCAAAAGACAUCAAGAGGGAUAUUAGUCAAAAUUGGUGGGAUUGGUUUUUUGGGUGGUUGCCUGGAACAGCAUUCAUUCAACGGCUGACGGUGACCAUAGUGGGGGUAAUCAUGUGCAUGAUAACUCUAUGCUGUUGUGCUCAGUGCAUCCCAAACAUCCUAUCUAUGUGUAGAGCAUGCAUGACUCCAGCAAACACACAGGAAACAUAUCCAGGAGGACACAUGGUGCUACUCUCAGAAUGACACUGAUUCCAAAGGCCUAUGUUAUGUUUUGUGUUUUUUUUCCUUACUUUUCUUUCUUCUCUCUUUUCACUAUGCAGGAGAUUUUUUCCUACUGUGCGCC